UGGCUUAGAAUUAAAGAAAAGUUAUCACGUCGAUUUAAUCUGGUUGGGUCUUGGUUAGAUCUGAGUUUGAUCUGCAAACGUGAAGCUGAAGUGGUAAUUUUAUUUUGAAAUCAGUGGCGCCUUUAUACUGAGUGACUCCAGCUGCAGAUUCGCCACUGAAACCCCAGAGCCGUAAAGUAGUUUAAGUUUUUUUUUUUCCGUUAGUGCAUGUUUCCUUCUGCAGCUCCACUUCUGUCGUCUGUGUGGAGUCAGCAGUAAACAGCAGUGUAUGAUUCAACACAAUCUGAAAAUAUCACAUACGUGCAACCAGUAGGUCCAGGCCCUGAACCGAAGAGAUCCUGCUCAUAAACGCAAAAAUAAAACGCUGCAGACGCGUAAUUUGUCCCAUUACGCAUGUCUGUGGGACUGUUCUGGGUAACUCGAGCCAGCAGCUUCACAAAGACCAAAUCCCGGAAUUCCCACAGACCCUGAGCUGUCUAGCAGACAACCACACAAAAGGCAGGGGUCUGGAACGCGGGGAUGGUCUCCUAUCAUGGUUCCAUUUUGCGCAAAAGGACAUUUGGUGUCACUGUUCUUCUUUGCAUCAUUUCUAAAGACACCAUCUGCACAAUAUGAGGACUACAGUUUUAAGGAUUUCCCCAAAGAGGACCUGAUGCCUCUCACCGCCGCCUACGGACUGGCGCUGGACCAUUACGCAGCUGGGAACUGGACGGGAUCGAUCCGGUUCUUAGAGUUAAGUUUGCGUUUGCGCCGUCUUCUCAGAGACUCGGUGAGCUACUGCUCGAAUCUCUGCAGCAGCAAACACACGGAGCCAAUUUUCACUGCAGCUCCGGAUCAGCAGGUCUACUGGCACCUCCUGAGGGCAGCCUCCUGUCAGAGGAGGUGCAGGGCGCAGAUCCCUGCUCUGCAGCUACCUCCUCCCACCAGAGAGAUCCUGGAGGAGUUCAGCAGGAGGUCUCCAUACGGAUAUCUGCACUUUGCUCACUCAAAGCUGAAGGACCUGCAGAGGGCCAUCCCGUGUGCCUUCACCUUCCUCCAGAAGAACCCGGAGGACCAUGAGAUGCAGCAGCUGACGGAGGAGUACAAGAACGAGUAUGACCUGAGCGGCUACCUCAUCGACCAAGAACAGCGACCUUCUGAGGUGUCCUUUGUAAGAGGAGUGAAACUGAUCAGCUCAGGCAACUACAGCAGCAGCGUGGAGCUCCUUGAGGAGGCUCUGAGGCUCUACUUGGAGGAGUACGACCUCUGUCAGGUGGACUGUGAGGGCAUCAGCUGUGUCUCAUCAGACAGGGACUUCUACGUCCUCAUAGCAGAAGUCUAUGUCGACACAUUAAAGUGCAAACUAAAGUGUGAGGAAAACUUAAUGCCAAAUGUUGGUGGGUACUUUGUGAAGAACCUCGUGGCCACAAUUUAUCACUACCUCCAGUAUGCCUAUUACAAGUUAAACGACGGCCGCAGAGCUGCUCCCUGUGCAUGCAGCUACUCCCUGUUCCAACCAGAAGACCCGGUCAUGAAGGACAACCUGAUGUAUUAUAAAGCUUACCGCGAGCAGUGGGGACUUCAGCCUGAGCACUUCAGACCCAGGAUGGAGGCUCUGAAACACUACAACCAGACCAUCACCCAGAAGCAGAUGUUGACAUUUGCAGAAAUGUACUUAGAGAUUGACGAUGAGGGUUUUUUUGGACCAGAGGAUGCUGCACUCUUGGCCUCAGAGUCACCUGAUGCAGAGUUUGAAGGCUUGGGAGACUACGAGGAGUCCAUCUACUCCAACUGGAGGCAGAUGAGGGGGAAAGGAGAUGCCGGUGAGCCUGAUGUCUGAGGAAGGCUGAGAGAGGAGCCUCAUCUGAGUUUUGUAGCAAAUAGUACUUUAUUCCUGAUUAGGGCUGCAUGAUAUCUAAAUUAUACCAAAAAAUGUGGUUUUUAAAAUGUGCAGGGGCCUCAUUUAUCAAGCAUUGCGUAGAAUCCUUACUAAAACCGUACUUAAGCUCAGCAAAAAAAUGUACUUACGCCAAGUAGGUUUGUGAUCUAUCAAACAUGGAGUACACACAGCUGCACGCAAUCUCCGCUUCAUAAAUCGGAGACUAACGAGAAUGUUUCUCAGCUGCAUUUUAGUCACAUCCCGCCCUCACCACGCCCACUUACUGCCAUAAAUAGUCAAUGCAAAGUGCCUUGUGGAUCUCAUGCAUAUACAUAAGCCGGCUGUUGCAGCGCUCCGCCAAUGACGAUGGCGACCGUAGAUCAAGGCAGAUCAAGGAAGCACAAUUUCACAGAAGCAGAAGUUGAGGUACUUGUGGGUGAGGUGGAGAAAUGAAAGGAAGUGCUUUUGCAAAACAAAUAAGAGAAAAUCCACGAAGUGGCACAGCGUUGCUGAAGCCGUCAAUGCUGAGUUCUUCAGAGAGAUCUGUGGCGGAUAUAAAAAAUGGUCCAAUCAGGAUUUGAUCCCCAGACUCCCAGGUGAAGUCACACGCUAACCAGUCACCGAAACCGAGAUCUCCCUUGA